AAGCGCCACAUUGUUCGAUGUUGGCUAAAUGCUUUCGUAGAUUGCUUCGGUGUGUGUAAUACAUCAGUGUAAUUCCGUAUACGUUUGAUUGUUUGACGGUAGUUUCUGUUAGACGUUCAAGUACGAAACUUGAUCCAUAAUUGACAAUCGUGUGAGAGGAAAAUAAUACUUUGUAGCGGAAAAUGGUUGCGAUAAAAGGUAGAAAAAGUUCGAAUAAAAAUCCUCCUAUAUUCAGUCAUGAGUUUGUUAUUCAAAAUCAUGGGGAUAUUGUUUCUUGCGUGGCGAUGAUCUUCGUGACGGGUUUAAUGGUGCAGGCAACAUCACCAUGGGCAUAUACAUUCAUUGCUAUUCAUCAUAAUGUAACAUCUGACACAGAAGAUCCAACUGUACCAUUGAAGUAUACUACUGGCUGGAAAGAUGCAUGUGCUGUAUUCUUUUAUUUUCUGAUAACCAUUGUAAUGCAUGCUCUAUUUCAGGAAUAUAUUUUUGAUAAAGUUUCAAAGCGUCUUCACCUGAGUAAAGUGAAACUAUCUAAAUUUAAUGAAUCCAGUCAACUUGUUCUGUUUUAUAUUCUGUCUGUGAUAUGGGGCAUAGAUAUAAUUAUCAGGGAAGAUCUACUAUUAAAUUUACCUUCAUUAUGGAAACAGUAUCCUGUACCAAUGUCCUUCUCUUCAAAACUUUUCUUUAUAGGCCAACUCUCUUAUUGGUUACAUUGUUAUCCUGAAUUAUAUUUCCAAAGAAUAAAGAAAGAAGAUAUUCCACCACGUGUUGUACAAGCAACUAUUGGACUGCUGUUUACUCUUGCAGCUUAUGUUUUAAAUUUCCAGCAAGUUGGAAUUCUCUUAUUGGUUCUACAUUAUGUGGGAGAUGCUAUGCUUCAUGGGGCUAGGCUUGUCCAUUUUGUUGGUAAAAAAGAAAAGAUGACAAAGAUGGCAUUUCUUGUUGCCAAUUCGACGUACGUUUUCGUACAUGUUGCAACAUUGGCUAUUGCAAGUUUGGUGUUCCUCUAUGGUUUAAGUCAAGUUGAAAGCACAUUCGAUGCAGCUGCUGGGAACUUUAAUAUUCCAGCUGUACGAUUUUCAGCUUUAAGUAUAAUUGUCGUUUUCCAAGCUUAUCUUGCUUAUGUAUUUAUCAAGAGGCAAAUUAAGCGUGCUCGUGAAAAUGCAGUUCCUGUACAAACAACAAGUGUCAAAUCAAAGCUAAAAUCGAAGAAGAAAGAAGGAAAAAAGUCGGCUGUAUCUGAAGACGAUGAUCUGCCAGAGGUUGAUCAGGCGACCAAAAAACAUCUUAGAUCUCGUUCGUCCGCAAAAGUAAAAUAAAUGUAUAUUUAAAAAUAUGAAACUUGUUUAAGGCUGAUAAAACAUCUAAUUUCGUUCAUUUGUGUAUCGUGAAUAGGAUAUCUAAUAUUAGCAAUUGUGUGACAACCUCCAUUAUUUUAAUAUCAUUUUAAAACAUGCACCAUUGUACAACUUUUCCACAGCAUCAAGUGUAGAUAAACUUUGUCCCUCUGAAGAGAGAAAUAUUCAAAGUACUGUAUAUAAUUUUUUAUGUUUAUAUA